GGUUUCCAGAACCGCCUGGCCGAGGGGCAGGAGCGUGUGGCUUCUGAGCCUGAAGCCUCGGCCUCCGCCUCCCGCGGCGUCCUCGCAUCCGUCGGCAUGAAUCCCGUGGUCGUGGUCCACGGUGGCGGGGCCAGCAAUAUCUCCAAGGACCGGAAAGAGCGGGUGCGCCAGGGCAUCGUCAGAGCCGCCACCGUUGGUUACAACAUCCUCAAGGGGGGAGGGAGCGCAGUUGACGCCGUGGAAGGAGCCGUGACCGUCCUGGAAGAUGACCCGGAGUUCAACGCGGGUUGUGGAUCUGUCUUGAACGCAAAUGGUGAAGUUGAAAUGGAUGCUAGCAUCAUGAAUGGAAAAGACCUGUCUGCAGGAGCCGUGUCUGCAGUCCGCUGUAUAGCAAAUCCCAUUAAACUUGCGCGGCUUGUUAUGGAAAAGACACCUCAUUGCUUUCUGACUGACCAAGGUGCAGCAAAAUUUGCAGCAGCCAUGGGGAUUCCAGAGGUUCCUGGAAAGCAGCUGGUAACAGAGAGAAACAUAAAACGCCUAGAAAAGGAGAAGCAUGAGAAAGAUGCUCAGAAAUUAGACUGUCAAAAAAACUUGGGAACUGUGGGUGCUGUGGCCUUGGACUGCAAAGGAGACGUGGCUUAUGCAACCUCUACAGGGGGCAUCGUUAAUAAAAUGGUCGGCCGAGUGGGGGACACACCGUGUAUAGGAUCUGGAGGUUAUGCUGACAAUGACAUUGGAGCCAUUUCAACGACGGGGCAUGGGGAAAGCAUCAUGAAGACGAAUCUGGCCAGACUUGCUCUCUUCCACGUAGAACAAGGAAAGACAUUAGAAGAGGCUGCUGAUACUUCCUUGGGUUACAUGAAGUCAAGGCUCAAAGGUUUAGGGGGCGUCAUCUUGGUCAACAAAGCAGGAGACUGGGCAGUAAAGUGGACUUCUGCAUCCAUGCCCUGGGCGGCCGUCAAGGAUGGCAAGCUGCACUCCGGAAUUGAUCUUGACGACACCUGUAUCACUGACCUGCCCUAAGCCCCUGGAAGAUUGUAUUCUAGAUGCUAGCUUGGAGGUUAGGAAGAAGAAACAACCUGAUCCUAACACGACAGGAAUGGCCUCAGUGCGGGGAGCCUUUGGAAGUGGGAGACCCACAGCAGCGACAGAAGCUGCAGCCUGAAAGGCGUGGGGGAUCCGGAGGAGACCGACUGCCCGGGCUCUCUUGGUUGAGACUUUCCCCCAGGACCAGGGAAGGGGCAAGAAGGAAGGGAAGGGCCUGGUGGAGGUCUGUACAAGUGAGACAGGAGCAGCCCCAGAGCUAAUAGAGAAGUCCAGGUGAACCGCAGUGUGUCACAGAGUUCAUUUAGAGUCAGACAUCAGGUGAAAGAAUCUGUGAGAGGGUAAACUGACUUUUCUAAGGAAGUUCGGAUCUUCUCUGACUUACUAACAUGGACAUGUUUACAGACACUUUAAAAGCACCCUCUGGUAACCCGUAGCUCCCUAGUCUGGAGAUGAGGGGUCACAAUGGAGACUCUGUGGUGCCUCUUCAAGUCUGAGGGUUUUCCUGGGCUCACACAUGAGUCUACUGUCUUCCCACCAGCCAGGACAGCUGACCAGAGCCUCCACCUGCCACAGGCCCUCUGGGUCCUCAUAGUGAGCAACGGGGCUCACAACUUCUCCUCUCCUACGACACGGCAGGGCUGAUCCAUGUAGAGAUGACACCAUGACUCUACGCGUUCUCAUACUGUCCAGUGCUAUGGGAUUCCUUCCCCCGCCCCACCCCAGCUGAAUCAGGUGUUUGUACAAUGUGGUGAGCAUGGUGAAGAAAGUAAUUUCCUUGGUGGAGAGUAUUCCUGUUAAUCUCUCUUUACAUGGGAAAUGGUAUUUCUGCUGUGACAUAUCUGCUCAGUCUUUUAGUCUGUCAGGGCUUAUUUUCUCUCUGGAAAGAAAUUGCUUAACUUUAAAUUCCAUGUGCCACUAAUAAAAUGUAUUUUGAAAGAAUAACAGUGUGGUUAGGAGUCACUGUUGACAAAGACCAGAAUGUACACAAGCUCCCUUUGGUCUGUCAAUUAAGACAGGUGCACUAGUUAAAGUGACCUUCCGAGGUAUGGGUGGGGUGUGGAUAUGAUAAUAUAUCCUGUCUCGUAGAGUACAUUGGAGAGUUUUUUAGAAGAAUUGAGCUUUUUCUGGAUGGGUUAAGGAAGAAACCAAACCACCAUUUGCAAGUAUCAGCAGGGUUUAUGGAUCAGUCUUUCUGUAAUUUGCCAUUGUUCACGCCAAGACAGUCGCACAAUUCUAGCUCCUGUCCCAUGACCCUCCCUGGGCCACGUCAGCUGCUCUGAACUACAGAGAAAGAGGUGGCACUUGAGGGCAGAAGUGAGUUUGAAUCCUGCUUCUCCCUACUACCUGGAUGACCCUGGGCAAGUUAACUUCUAAGAAUUUUUUCAUCUAUAAAAUAGAUUACUAUGAAGAUUAAAUGAAAUUGAAGGAAAAUUGCUCAGUAUUUACCUUAGGGAUCCUGUGGACAAAUGUAGAAACUGUGGCCAGGCCCAGCAGGGAGUCUGUGUGUUUGUCCUUGAAAACCUCAAUAUGCAACAACUGCCCUUUAGAAAUCAGUGUUUUGUUAGGAGAUAUAUUAGUUUGCUAGGGCUGCCAACAACAAAAUACCACAGACAGUGGCUUAAACAAGAAGAAGUUAUUUUCUCUCAGUUCUGGAGGAUGGAAGUCCAAGAUUGGGGUGUGUCAGCAGGUCUGGUUUCUCCUGAGGCCUCUCUCCUUGGCUUGCAGAUGGCUGCCUCCUCACCGUGUCCUCACAUGGUCUUUUCUUUAUACACAUCUGUGGCCAAAUUUUCUCCUAAAGAUGUCAGUCGGGUGGGAUUAGGGCCCACCCUAACAGCCUCGUUUUAAAUUAACCACCUCUUCAAAGGCUCUGUCUCCAACUACAGUCACAUUCUGAGGUGCUGGAGGUUAGGGCUUCAACAUAUGAAUAUUGAGGCGACACAGUUUAGCCCAUAAGAGGAGCCAAAGCAGAAACACAUCAGGGGUUGGAGAAGUAGGGAUAACUAAGUAGAUAAGGGAAAAGGGGGGCCAGGAUAGGGAGGCCAGGUGAAAGGUGUGAUUUUGCGCUGAUGAGUUCCGCCAUUCACAAGGGAAGUGACUCCAGUUAUCACGGACUGCUGGAGUCUCAGUGUGGGCGCCUGACCUUUUGGGCCCAGCGGCCCCAGCCCCGUCCAGUAAGGAAACAUCAGCCCCCUGUGCAAGCCAAGGUGUGUAUUCCUGCCCUCGGACCUUGAUUCUGUGAAAAGUCACCUCCACUGGCCUGGGAAUUCCAUAAGCAGAGACCAUGUAUGGUUCUGUCUUUUGCCCACACAUUGCCCUGUGACCUGCUCUGUAACUGUUUGUCAGACAAAUAAAUGAGCAAGAUAUUAUCUGAAAGAGAGUGGCAAUCUUUUUAUCACUUCUAUACCACAAGAGGGCAGCAAACUAUAAAAUA